AUGGAUACUGAUGUAGACUAUCCAUCAUUUGAUCUUCAAUCAAUUAAUGUUUCAUUUGAAGAAAGACGAUGGAUAUUAAAACAACGACAAUUAUAUAAAUUAGAUAAUUUAAUACAAUCAAUUGCUGAUCUUCAUAAGACAAUUCGUGGAUCCGAACAAUUUUCUUAUAUUCCAACAUCAUUAUCAUCAUCAUCUAUGAUAAAAAAAGGAUCUUUAGAUGAGACAUAUCCUCUAUAUUAUUCAUCAACUGUUGAUGGUUGUACUAAUAAUGAUAUCGAUCAAUUUCGUCUUCAUCAUCAACAGACGUUUCAAUUAGUAUUUCAAGAUUUAUGCACGGAUUUUAACUAUCAAAUAUUUAUUAUCAUAAUGGAAGGUCUCAUAUUCUACUCUUCACAAACAGUGAAAGAGUAUACAACCACAAUAAUUGUUGAAAUGCGCAAAUGUUUAACAUCAUUUCAUACUUAUAUACAAUCACGAGCAUCUAAAAUAAUUGACUUUAUAUCAUUGUUACCAAAACAAUCUCUUCCACAUUAUACAAUCGUUCAUACUAAUCAUGAAAAUAAUAUUGGUAUAUUAUUUCAACUCUGCCCAAAAAUUGAAUAUUAUUUAACAUCAACAGAUAAAUGUCAAUGGCAUUCAAUAGUAUCUAUAGAUGAAUACAAAAAACAUGUUAUUUCGCCGGAAGAACUUCGUUAUAUAGAUUAUUUAAUGGAUAUGAAAUCUAAACGUUAUACAGGUUCUGUACGUUCAGAAGAGACUAAUAUGAGUCGUUUAACAUAUCUACCAUUCGCAGCAGUACCAUCUCUAGUUUUUCAAACUUUACAUUCAUUACCAAUUAUUUAUCCAUAUGACAAUAAUAUGAUAUACAAUCAAAAAUAUCCAUUAUUUUGGACUGGUACGAAUCAUUUAAAUGAUAAUAGUGAUAUUUUAUUUGAAAAUAUUCAAAUUGAAAAAACAACUCCAGAAUAUUUAUUUGUCGAACGAUUAUUUCAUAAAACAGUUAUGAAAACAAAUGUUGAUAUUGCUAUUAUCGAACGUAUACAAAAUCCUCAUUUAUGGGAAAAAUUUAGUUCGCAUCGUUCAUAUAUGCGACGAAAGAAUGGUAAUCAAAAUUUAAAUGAAAAUUGGUUAUUUCAUGGUACAAAAUCCGAUAAUCAUCAUCAAAUAAUAUCACAUGGUUUUAAUCGUUCAUAUUGUCGUGAUUAUGUUUUGUUUGGUCGUGGUGUUUAUUUUAGUCGUUAUGCAAAUUAUUCAUGCUAUUAUGGUGAUCGUAAAGAUCUUUCAUUUAUUUUCUUAUGUCGUGUGCUUGUUGGUCAUCAUACAGAAGGCAGUAAUGAUAUUCAUGUCCCACCAAUGAUUAAUUCAAAUAAUGGAAAACAAAUUCAAGCAGAUUCAACAACUGAUCAUAAAAAUCCACACACAAUUGUAUGUACAUUUCAUGAUGAUCAAACAUAUCCUGAAUAUAUAAUAACAUAUCUUAAUAAAUAG